GGUAAUGGGGCGUGUGUGGUAAUGAAAUGCAACGACGAGGAGAAGUAGGAGACGAAGAUUCCAUUCGCCUCCUCCCCUCCCUCCCCUCCUUCCUCUGCUCUUAUAGUACUCGUCUCUCUCCUCUCUCUCUCUCUCUCUCUCUCCCUGACUCCCUCCUAGUCUCUCUCUCUCGAUACCUCCGCCUCCCACCUCCGCUCCCCUCCAAGGCUUCCCUUUUUCCACCUUCCUCCGACGACGACUUCCGCCUCGCCAGGUACUAGUACGUCGCGAGGGAAAGGAGAAUUCUUUCGGGGUGCCUUGAUCGAUUCAUGAGCGGCGCGGCGCGGCGAUGAGGGCGGAUCUCAACACCAUCCAGCAGACGCUCACGCCGGAGGCAGCGGCGGCGCUCGCGCGGGCCAUCGACGAGGCCGCGCGCAGGCGCCACGGCCAGACCACGCCGCUCCACGUCGCCACCGCGCUCCUCGCCGCGCCCGCGGGGCUGCUGCGCCAGGCGUGCGCGCGGGCCGCUGCCGGCGCGGGGGCUGCCGCUGGCUCCGGGGCCGGGGCCGGCGGCGGCGCGCACCCGCUGCAGUGCCGCGCGCUCGAGCUAUGCUUCUCCGUCGCGCUCGACAGGCUGCCCGCGGCGGCCUCCGCGGCGGCGGCGCACGGGGCGCCGCCGCCGUUGUCCAACGCCCUCGUUGCGGCGCUCAAGCGCGCGCAGGCGCAGCAGCGCCGGGGGUGCCCCGAGGCGGCGCAGCAGCCGCUCCUCGCCGUCAAGGUGGAGCUCGAGCAGCUCAUCCUUUCCAUCCUCGACGAUCCCUCCGUCAGCCGCGUCAUGCGCGAGGCGUCCUUCUCCUCCACCGCCGUCAAGUCCACCAUCGAGCAGUCGCUCUCCUCGCCCUCGCCUUCGUCCUCCUCCGCCGCCGUCUCCACCCCCCUCACCGCGUCCCCCUCUCCUCUCCCACGGGCCGGAACCGCCAACGCCUACCUCAACCCUCGCUUGGCAGCCGCCGCCGCGGCAUACGGCGGCGUUGGCGGGGACGACGCACGCAAGGUGCUCGACGUCAUGCUCAAGCCGGUGCGCCGCAACCCGGUGCUUGUGGGCGACGCCGGACCGGACGCGGUGCUGAAGGAAGCAAUCCGGAGGAUCCCAGCGGCUGGAUCCCCUGCCCUCGCCGGAGCGAAGGUCGUGCCGCUGGAGGCGGAGCUCGCCAAGCUCACCGGCGACAAGUCCGCGAUGGCGGCGAGGAUCGGGGAGCUCGGCGCGGUGGUCGAGAGGCUCCUCUUGGAGCACAGCGGCGUCGUACUUGAUCUCGGAGACCUCAAGUGGCUGGUGGAGGGGCCGGCGAAGGCGUCGUCGGAGGGGGGCAAGGCGGCAGUGGCGGAGAUGGCGCGGCUGCUGAGGCGGUUCGGCAGCGGCAAGGUCUGGGCCGUCGGCACGGCCGCGUGCGCCACCUACCUCCGGUGCAAGGUCUACCACCCGGCGAUGGAGGCCGAGUGGGACCUCCAGGCGGUGCCCAUAUCCCGCAGCUCGCCGCUCACCAGCUCUGCUCUCAGACCUGGAGGCAGUGGAAUCCUCGGCAACUCAGUGGGGAUGUUAUCGCCUACACUCCGGCCUAUGCCGGUGACACCCACAGCAUUCCAAUGGCCGCCAGGGGCAGGGAGUGACCAGCCUCUGAUGGCUAAGCCGGCCAUGUGUAUACUUUGCAAGGGUAGUUAUGAGCGUGAGCUUGCCAAGCUCGCAGCGGAGCGGAUAGAAAAGCCGGCACCGUGCCCUGAGGCUCCUAAGCCUGGUUUGCCACACUGGAUGCAGCGCAGCAGUGAUCAAUCACAGGCCAAGGAACAAGACUUGAAAUGGAAGGAGACUGCCCAAGAGCUUGAGAAGAAAUGGCGUGAGACAUGUGCGUGUACCCACUCCAGCCACGCUGGGGCGCCAGCUCUCUCCAUGCCAUUGGCUGCCUUCGGUCCACGCCCGCCCAUUGAGCCCAAAUUGGCACUUGCCAGGGUUGCUGCUCCCACUCUUAAGAUGAACACCAGCUGGGAGAAGCCAGAGGGAACCCCUACAUCCGAACUUCGUAAGAGUUCACCGGGCAGCCUGGUGAAGAUCGACCUUGUGCUUGGUCGCUUGGAUCCAGGCAUGAAUGCUACUGUGGAGAAAGACCAGAAGGAAAAUAACAUGGAGGGGCUAACUGCCAUGCAAAAGGCUAAGAUAGCUGGAAUCUCCGAUAUCGAGUCCUUCAAGAGGCUUCUAAAGGGGCUUACUGAGAAGGUCAGCUGGCAAUCAGACGCCGCUUCAGCCAUCGCUGCUGUUGUAAUACAAUGCAGAUCUGGCGGUGGGAAGCGUCGAAAUAUUGGGACAAGGGGUGACAUGUGGCUCCUGUUUAUUGGUCCUGACCAGGCCGGCAAGCGGAAGAUGAUGAACGCAUUGUCUGAGCUGAUGGUAAACUCCCGACCAGUGGUUGUAAACUUUGGCAGCGACUCCCGCAUGGGCAGGGCUGGUAAUGAUGGUCUGAACACUGGUUUCUGGGGGAAAACCUCACUUGACCGGGUCACGGAGGCAGUUCGGCAAAACCCCUUCUCAGUUAUUGUUCUUGAGGGCAUUGAUCAAGCGGACACCGUUGUGCGUGGAAAGAUCAAGCGGGCAAUGGAGACUGGUCGCCUGCCAGACUCCCGGGGCCGUGAGGUAAACCUUGGCAACGUCAUCUUCGUUCUCACCACAAAUUGGUUACUUGAGGAACUCAAGGGACCAAAGUUUGAAACAUUGAUCCAAGAUGAAAGAAGGAUGUUUGAGGUUGCAAGCUCUAAUUGGCAGCUAGAGCUCUCGAUUGGGGACAAGCAGGUUAAGCACCGAGCAGAUUGGCUAUGCGAUGAUGGUCGCCCUGCAAAGGUAGCCAAAGAAUUUUCCAGUGGGCAAGGUUUAUCACUUGACCUUAAUUUAGCAGUUGGGGCAUUGGAUGACACUGAGGGCUCGCGGAAUUCCAGCGAUAUCUCUGUGGAACAAGAGCAGGAGAAAGGGCAGCUUGCUCUCAAGUGUUUAACACCACCCCCUGACUGUGAUCUGUUGAACCUCGUCGACGAUGCCAUUGUGUUCCGGCCAGUUGACUUUGAGCCGUUUAGGAAGAUUGUCACAGAUUGCAUAUCGGCGAAAUUUGAGUCGGUGAUUGGCAGCAGCAGCUCAUUCAGAAUCGAUGAAGAUGCCAUUGACCGGAUGGCUGGCAGCGUCUGGCUCACCGACGAGAAGCUUGAGGACUGGGCCGAGAAAGUGCUUAUGCCCAGCAUUGAACGAUUGUGGCGCAACACGAAGCAUCACAAUGGCCGUGCUGUUGUCCGUCUUGCAUCAGUUGCUGACAAGGCAUUGCCAAGGUGGGGAGGGGACCGAGAAGGGUUACCAGCGACAGUACCGAUCGCUAUUGAUGGCAUGUAGAGAGGGAAUUGGGGGAAGUAAAUUCUUUUUAUGGUAGACAUGUAAAUAUUGGGGAUAACUCCCUUGUUAUAAGCUGGGGGAGGUUACUAUAUGAAGCACAUAGGGUGGAGGGAGAACCUCCUUUGACUACCAAAUAGGCAUGGAGAUUAUAGAUCUUAUAUCCAGAAAUAUGAUCUAUAGUUUUGAUAA